CCCCGGGGCCCGGGCUGAAGUUACCUGAUAUUUAACUCCGCAACAGCCGAAGCUUUAUUAAUCACCUCCGCAGCUCAGCUGCACCAGUGCCUGUGGGCCAGGCUCCUGCAGCAAAAUCCGACAGCGCGUUGGUAAAACGAGGAGGUCGUUACUGGCUCUGUGAGAGUGAGCAAAGUGGAUCAGUAUGUUGAUGCCACUGCUGACUUCCCGUUUACUGAAGGUUUCACGAAUUGCAGGCCACCUUUUGCCAAGGUCAGUGUCUUCCUUUCUUUGCUAUCACUCUACAUCUGCGCACUAUAGCACCCAGCCAUCUAACAAGAGUGGAGCCCAACCUCAGCGAUGGUAUGCUCUGGACCCUGAACUGGAAGAGAUGCUCAUCCCCAGAAAACUUUCCAUCAGCCCCUUAGAAAGCUGGCUGACAGUUAGAUACUCCCUUCCUAAAGCAGAAGUCCUUAAUGCUGAGGAAGAAGUGGGCUAUGAACCUCUCCAGCGAUACGACUGUCCCCCGUCUGAUGAGGGAGCUGAUGUGGAGGAAGGAGAGGGAACACUUACCAACAAACUUGAAUGUAAGAACGUUUUGAAGAUUCGCAGAAGGAAAAUGAAUCGGCACAAGUUCAAAAAGCUGCUGAAGCGAAGAAAGUUUGUACGGAGGAGGAUAAAGGAAGGUCGCAAGAAGAAACGUCAGAUAAAAUUUGAGAAAGAUUUGGAGCGCAUCUGGAAAAGAGCUGGUUUGAAAAAUCCUCCUGCAGGAUGGCAAACACCCAAGAUAUUUCUGAAAAGUUCCAAGCGAUAAAAACACUUGUAAUGGGUUUUAACCUGUAAUUGUAAUUAAAAAAAAUAUUUAAAGUACAUGAAUUACUUUUAACCUUUUUCUGAGUGUGAUGAAAUCAAUAGGAGGAAGCUUUCAGUCUUGGUGAGCAGUUUUCCAAGGGCAAACCUGACAGCAAUAUGCUUUUCCUCCUCAAAAGAAUGUUAUGAGCCCUUGUAUAGUGACUUGGCAGUGCUGUGUGCGGUCCUGUGCUGCUGCUGCUCCCGACCAUGUGUCAGAACAGAGGUGUCUUAGACAGCAGCUGAAUUUCUGAGGUUGCUAUUUAUGAUGAGACUGAACAAUGUACUGUAAGAACAAUCAGUGGGAGAUGGGAUAAGUGAAACAAUUCUUCUGACUGUAUAUAAGACAAAAGCAUUGUGAAAAGUUCUUUUCAAAACCACAUUCUUUCAUAGUCUUACUAUAGAAGGGCUGGUGUUUAUGAAGAGUUGUGGUGAAAUAGGAAUUGAGUCAGAAUUCCAUAAACAUACCUGCAAAAGCUUUUAAUUUUCACUUACCUGAAGCCUCAGUGUGCAUGUGCCUUAGGCAUUGCAUGAGCGUCCUUAAAAGGCAUAUUUAUUUUUUCUGUUCUGUUUUGUGCUAAUAAAAAAUUGGUUUUUUUUUUCUAUGAUUGACCCUUGUCACACAGAAUGUCCAGAUAAUGGUAUCAGUAAAGUUCAGAGCUAAUUAUUCAUUAACUAUAAAAACUGUUUUGUGCCCAAGACAACCCUGUUGCAAUCAGCUGGUUUUACAUGAUUGAAGAGAGUCAUGAAAGCUGUGAAAAAAGUAGAUUGUUUAUUUUAAACCCUGAUAGAGGACUUUAUAUCUGCAUUCUGUUUUGGGUUCUGCUUUUGAUUUUUCUCUUUGAGGCAGUUAACUUCUGUUCUGUGUGAUUUAGCUCUUCCCUCCUCUAUUCCAGCAGAUAGAUGGGGUGGACUGACCUCUUGAGAGAAGGGAGGGAAGAAAAAUGAGUUCCCUUAGGCCCAUCAUUCUGCAGCAUACAGGGAAGCUACCCUGAAAAAGCAUUCCCUUUUAUGUCCUAGGAGCAGAACAGUUGACUAAACUGAAAGGGAAGAAAAAAAAUAAUCCGUUUCCACUUAUUUCCACAAGGUACAGUUGAGUCUCGCUGCAGGAAGGGCAGGUGACUCGCGCACAGCGAACGUGUCUGAGGUUCUGUGUAGGGCGCUUUGCUGUUUUUGUCGUUAGAUGGCAGUAAAUUCAAAGCCUCUGAAACUCCUUGGCCAUUGAUGUAGAAGCCAGCUGAUUCGUUAUGUUGGCAUUUUAAGGAAAGGGUACACCCACAGCCUAUUGUCAGGAUUUCCACGAAGAGGAGGAUGUCUAGCCAUGAGCCUUAGAAACUCACCGAGCAAGAGAAGAGAUUGAGUGUUGAUUUUGGCUUACAGGUUUGUUAAAUACGCAGAGGGCAUCUAGGUGUUUCUAAAAUACCAAUACACAUUCCCUGCACAAAGAUGCAAAGAUGAAAGGCUGGGGCCUGAGAGGAUUAGCACCUUUGAAGUCAGGUCCAUGUCUUUUUUCCCCAGUCACGUUUGUUUUAAGAGCCCCUAUGCCAGCAUUGUUGUUCUCUGUCAGUCCUAUGAUUCUCUUACUGGCUCUUACUCCAAGCUUGCUGUUUUUCUACCUAGGGAAAAAUGGUAAUCAGUUUGCACAUUUCCAGGAGAUUGUUGAAGAGUUGGGAUGUCUUUGGAAUUACAUGGAGCAAAGGACAACAGCAGUAGUAUGCCCUGCUCAUUUAUCAGUGCUGUACCUCUCAUUCCAGUUUUGGCAUUUAUUCUU